CAGAGUUCGGAGCUCUCUCUCCCUUUCUGCGUCCAGCUCGCCUUGACAGCCAACACUGGCGCAGAGUCUGGGCUCAGACCUUCACCAGAUCUAUUUGUAUAUAUUUUUUGGGGCAUAUAGCGAUAAUCCACACCCAUACUUUCCUCUCAUCCUCUUCCGGAGACAAGCGUUGGAGCGGCCUCGUCUAGAAUGGGGAACCGAGACGACGAAUACGAUUUCUUGUUCAAAGUUGUGUUAAUUGGAGACUCAGGCGUUGGGAAGAGCAACCUUCUCUCUCGAUUUACACGUAACGAGUUCAACCUCGAGAGCAAAAGCACCAUUGGGGUGGAGUUCGCCACGCGCAGCAUUCAGGUGGAUGGCAAGACGAUAAAGGCUCAGAUCUGGGAUACAGCUGGACAGGAGCGCUACAGAGCCAUCACCUCAGCGUACUACAGAGGAGCAGUGGGCGCUCUCUUAGUGUAUGACAUAGCCAAACACCUGACCUACGAGAAUGUGGAGCGCUGGCUGAAGGAGCUGAGGGAUCAUGCCGACAACAACAUUGUCAUUAUGCUAGUUGGCAACAAAAGUGACCUGCGCCACCUCAGGGCUGUGCCCACCGAUGAGGCCCGGGCCUUUGCCGAGAAGAACAAUCUGUCAUUCAUAGAAACCUCAGCCUUGGACUCCACAAACGUUGAAGAAGCCUUCAAGAAUAUCCUUACAGAAAUAUACCGCAUCGUAUCGCAGAAACAGAUUGCUGAGCGGUGUGCCCACGAUGAGUCCCCAGGAAACAACGUGGUGGACAUCAGUGUUCCACCAACCACAGACGGCCAGAGGGGGAGCAAACUACAGUGCUGUCAGAACCUGUAACCCACGGCAACUGUCCCUUCUCACCGGGGUCAAUUAUUAAUUGAAAUCUGCAGUGUUGAUAUGCGUCCAUCUUCCCCCGUUGCAGCGUUUUCUGAAUCUGCACUCUUUAGAUCAGUGGAGUCGGUUCCAUUGUGCCGCCAACGAUCAGCCCUAGAGAGAAGAGAUUGAUAUCAAGUUGUAAUCUGACCCGGGCACAGUCAGCUCCUUUCCGGUGCAAAAACAGGAGUGAUGGUACAACGUAGCAGCUUCCACGGUUAGCUGAAGAGCCUUGCCUGACACUUCAUGAGCCUCAACAUGUCUUUGGUUGACGAUGCUUGCCGCACGCUGGAGACCCAGCUUUUAGAUCCUGCCUGUUUCACUCGUAUCACCAUUCCUGUUUUUGGGCUUACCCCCUCCUCCUCCUCCUCCUCCUCCUCCUCCUCCGCCUCGUCCUCCUCAUUCAGUCAUCAUCUCAAAAGUGGUUGUGACGCUGCUGAUGCUUUUUUCAUUUUUGUGUAUAAUGCAUAUAUUUUUUGUUUUAAUUUUGAUAGCUUGUCUGCUCACAUACGUUAUAUUAAUGCCAUGAAAUUAAAUUUUACAAUAUUA